AUGUCGCCACCCGCCAGUCUGGAGUUCGUCCACCAAGCACCAGAGCUCAUCGACAACAUCAUCAAGCAACUUAACGAAAAGAGGGAUUUAUCGAAUGCUCGACUUACGUGCAAGUUGUUAGAUAAGCACGCCGCUAGAGAGCUUUUCCGCAAUGUACACAUCUCUCCAUCCGAAGAGCACGUGACCUCUUGGAACAGCAUCGGCCAGGACGAAGUCAUCCGGCGGAUACCUCGACAUGCAAUCAUCCACACACAUCCGGAUCUCGAAGAUCACGGGGCGGGUGUCUAUAGAGAACCUAUAGAUGAUGAUGAUGUUGUUCUGAGCUUCAAGAACGCCCUGGCCACCUUGUCAAGAUUUCCCAAUCUCCGCUCACUAGAGAUCGCCUUCACCCCAGAGUGUGUUGGAAGGAAAGAUGCUGGUUGGAAUGACGUAGCAGAAGACAUUGAGCAGCGCAAGGAAGACUUGACGCUCAUCUUCCAGGCUAUCAAGGACAGGGCGACAGACGAAAAGAGCAGGACGAUUCGCGAGUUGACCAUUAGCAACCUCCAAAACUGUCCUAUUCCUGAGUUCACCUCUUCGGGUCUCUUCCGCGACGUCAUGAGUCAGCUGGAAGAGCUCCAUAUCCUCAUCACGCAGGAAUACAACGAACAUGGGCCUGACCACGAUUACACCAGAGUCGAGUUGCAAACUUUUCCAGCCUAUUUCUGUUCGCACUGGUUAGCACCCAUCGCUGAGAACCUGAAGGCAUUAUCGAUCUACGGCAGAGAGAACUGGGGCCCCUUCCCUGGCUACUUCGACCCUAGUAGUAUAUCUUUUCCGAAACUCGAGACGCUGGCUCUAGGUUAUUACACACUUGCGUAUGACGACGCUCUCGACUGGGUUUUCGCCGUUACUUCGUUGCGCAAGCUUAUCCUCCACAACUGUAUGAUUGCUUCUUGGCUACGCAUUUAUCGCAGCAAUAUGGAGCAGUGGAACAUCCGCAUGCAUGACUGGACCAAGAUGCAGGACGCGACCCGGGCCGGCCGGGGCGACUGGAGCGAGACCUUCGCAUACGGUGGGAGGUGGAGUCAGCAUUUCGAUCGCAUCGCAGCAGACCUACCUAACCUUGUCGACUUCCAGUUUGGCUAUGCAGAUUCAUACAGCGAGCAUCCGUCCACCUCAUACGGGGUAACGCACCGCGAUAGCUGUCUAGUCGAGAUUUUCCUCCAGAGAUACGUUUGCUUCAAUAACGGGAUUUUGCCGACGCACUGGCCAGAACCGAGUUUGGAUUCGCGGGAUGGGCAGUUGUCUUCGUGGCUCAAGGACGGGUUCCCCAUCGAUGUACAGAGGGAGAGCUUGGACGCGGACAGGAAGAGCCUGGAUGCGUUGCUUCUCACGUUAAGGUCAAGGCGGUAA